CAGGUGAACAAGGUGAUGUCCAUCUUGUUUUAUGUGAUAUUUCUCGCUUAUCUCCGUGGCAUCCAAGGUAACAACAUGGAUCAAAGGAGUUUGCCAGAAGACUCGCUCAAUUCCCUGAUUAUUAAGCUGAUCCAGGCAGAUAUUUUGAAAAACAAGCUUUCCAAGCAGAUGGUGGACGUUAAGGAAAACUACCAGCGCACCCUGCCCAAAGCAGAAGCCCCCCAGGAACCGGAGCAGGGCGAGCCCGCCAAGUCGGAAUUUCAGCCGAUGAUUGCAACGGACACGGAAUUGCUGCGGCAGCAGAGACGCUACAACUCACCCCGGGUCCUGCUGAGUGACAGCACCCCUUUGGAGCCCCCUCCCUUGUAUCUCAUGGAGGAUUACGUGGGCAACCCCGUGGUGGCAAACAGAACAUCGCGGAGGAAGAGGUAUGCAGAGCACAAGAGUCACCGAGGGGAAUACUCCGUGUGUGACAGCGAGAGUCUGUGGGUGACCGACAAGUCAUCAGCCAUAGACAUUCGGGGACACCAGGUCACGGUGCUGGGGGAGAUCAAAACCGGCAACUCUCCCGUCAAACAAUAUUUUUAUGAGACGAGAUGUAAAGAAGCCAGGCCUGUCAAAAACGGUUGCAGGGGGAUUGACGAUAAACACUGGAACUCGCAGUGCAAAACGUCCCAAACCUAUGUCCGAGCACUGACGUCAGAAAACAAUAAACUUGUAGGCUGGCGAUGGAUACGGAUAGACACCUCCUGUGUCUCUGAUUAUGAUCUGUUCCACUGGUUCGAGAAGUCAGAUGGGGUCUAG